CCGAGCCCGCAGCUGCUGCAGGCACUUGGGGAGCAGCAGCACCUCCAGGAGCGCUUCAGACCCAGCCAUGAGCCGGUGGGCGGUGCUCCCUGGCCGGCUUGUCCUGCUCCUGGCGCUGGUGGCCGCGGGCACCAGCUGGGACCUCCUGGAGCCCCGCGGACGCGCCCUGGGCAAGAUCCGAGUGCACCCGCGGGGCAACCUCUGGGCCACCGGUCACUUCAUGGGCAAGAAGAGUCUGGAGAGCCUCAGCCCACCUGUGCUGCGGGCAGCCCCCCGGAGCCCUCCACCGCAUGGGCACCUGCAGCUGAGUCCUGAGCUGCUCAGGAUCCUCCUACUGAAAGCAGCCCUGGGCCUGGAGUCCCGCAACUCUAUGCCGCCUCCACAGGAGGCUCCUGGAGCCGAUGCUGCUGCAGUGUUGUCACUAGUGUGGAAGAUGCGACGACAACAACAAUGAGGUUUCUAGCGUGCCACCUAGGAAAGGUGCUGAAGGGGACCCUGAGCAGUGGUCCCACCAGGACAGAAACCUUAGGCUUGAGUCUGUUGCUUCCUGACUGUGAUUUCUGGUGGGGUCGCCAGGAGUGAGGCCAACGCAGACACACAUCAUGGUCCUGUUUAGUUCUUGCUUCUCUGUAUAAGUUGUGUAUU